AUGUCGAGUUCGGGUGCAUCAAAGUCCGAAAUAAAUCAAGAUUUCAGUAACAUCACUCCUGUUGAAGAAUUUAAAUAUCCAAACCAAGCUUCAAAAAUGAUCUGGCAAGUCAAUUCAAAUAAUAUCUUACAAAUAUCAUCACAAAUCAUCGAACUAAUUAAAGCAAACAAAAUUAAUAUCGAAAUGGCGUUUUAUUUGAUUGAUGUUUUUUCAGAAAUUCGUGAAAAAGAUAUUAAAUUAUUUGCAGAACUUUACCAAACGAUAUCAAACGCAUUUUCACGUAUCAUUAAACCAGAAAAUAACAAAUUUACUGAUUUGCUUUGCUAUAAAGGUAUCAAAUUUGAAAAAUACGAACCAUAUCUUGAAGAAGAAGAUAAAAUUCUCAAUUUUUAUGAAACAGAUUCUCCUUUGUAUUACAUGGCAUGGGACAAAAUUGAUGAACUUAAACGUAAAUUCCCAAACCUUGACGUCAAUGACAAAACAGAUUUAAUAACUUCAUUUGAUUGCGCAAUUAAAUUUGGAUCAGAGUUAUGUUACAAUUACAUGAAGAAUAAGGGAGGUAGAUAUACUGAAAAUUCUGCAAAAUAUGCUGCUGAAGGUGGAAAUAUAGCAAUUUUCGAACAAAUGAUAGAAGAUGGUCAAUCAUUUGAUGACACAAUCGACACUGCAUUGAUAUAUCGUAAUUAUGAAAUUGCAAAUUAUCUUCACACAAAUUAUAACUAA